AUGUCAUUUGCGAGCCCCUUCUGGAAGAAGUUCGUCUUUCAACCAUGGAAGCCCGUUGCAGCCAAAAAUUGGGCCACUGACUCGGACUCCACACCUGAUGCCAAAAAGUGCAAGAUCGCCGAUCAAGACGACAGGAACAAAACAAAAAGCGGCUUGCCUGUGGAGGAGCUCGAUUUUACCGGCGACAACGAAAAAGCGCUUCUAAUCCUGCUUCGAAUUGCUCACCUUCGCUUCCAAGAUAACCCAUCCACCCUGCCGUACCAGACACUCCUCCAGAUUGCCGUGCUCUGUGACCAAUACCAGUGCAUCAAUUUAGUUCGACCUUUGCUGCCUCAGUGGCUCGCCGAUGAAGAAACAUGGUCUCUUAGAUCCCGUCAGGAGAACUGGCUGUUCAUUGUAUGGGUCUUCGGCAGAGAGAAAGUCUUCAAAGAAUUGGCUACCAGGAUGGUGCAAAGAGUUUCUCGUGGCAAGUACAAGGUCCCUGACCCUAGGCCCGACGGAAUUAUAAACCGCAUGCUGGAAUUCCGCAAGGAAGUCGUAAAUCAGCUACUCGAAAUUGCGCAUGCCAAGUUCGACAAAUGUCUUCAGUCAAAGGAGAGCCUCUGCCGCUUAGACGCUCAUAAUGCUCGUCCCGGAAAUUGCGGUGCCAUGGUACUUGGCUCUUUCAUUCGGGCCUUACAAAGACUGGGCGUGUUACCGGAAGUUGCAGCAAAUAGAAUGAAAAUUAACAUUCUUAAUAUUAGUAUCGAGGAGUUAGCUCACAAGCUCAGCACCUUGGCCAUCAAAAGUCCACAUUCUCUAUACUCCGUUUCUCCAAUUAAGGAACAAAUUGCAGAAAAGCUCCGAUCAAUGCCGGACCCGGUUCUCGACUCUCACCGUCAACAUAUGAAAGUACAAAGUGGAAUGGGGCAAUGA